AAAAAGGCUCUUGUAAUCAAAAGAUGCCUAAAUUCAUUAUUAACACAAAUGUGAGCAAGGAUAAUGUACCAGAUUGCUUGAUAGAAGAGCUCACCCAGCAACUACCAAAAGCACUGGGCAAACCGGCACAGUAUCUAGCACUACAGAUCUCUACUGAUCAGCUGCUGUCCUUCCAUGGCUCCAAAGACCCCUGCGCCAUGUGCUUUCUCUACAGCGUUGGCAAGAUAGGAGAGCAGGAGAACAAGGACUAUUCCAAGCUGCUGUGUGAUCUUCUGAACAAACAUCUGAAAAUACCUGCAGACAGAAUCUACAUCAGCUACUUUGAUAUGAGUGCUGCCAAUGUAGGCUGGAACCGUACCACCUUUGCUUAAGGCCUAUGUAAAGUAACAGGUUAUUCAUGGACUAGAAUUUUACUGAGUUCUGUGAUUAGUGCUCACCAU